AACCAACAAGCUCUCUUCUCUUCUCUGCAUCAUUUUGAUCCGAUUCAAUGGCUGCUCCACCGGCUAGGGCUAGAGCUGAUUACGAUUACCUCAUUAAGCUCCUUCUCAUCGGUGAUAGCGGUGUGGGUAAAAGUUGUUUGCUUUUAAGGUUCUCUGAUGGUUCUUUCACUACUAGCUUCAUCACCACCAUUGGUAUUGAUUUUAAGAUAAGAACUAUUGAGCUUGAUGGCAAACGUAUCAAGCUCCAGAUUUGGGACACUGCUGGUCAAGAACGUUUUCGAACCAUCACCACUGCUUAUUACCGAGGAGCUAUGGGGAUUUUACUGGUGUAUGAUGUCACAGACGAGUCAUCCUUCAACAACAUUAGAAACUGGAUUCGUAAUAUCGAACAGCACGCUUCAGAUAAUGUCAACAAAAUCUUGGUAGGGAACAAAGCUGACAUGGACGAGAGCAAGAGGGCUGUGCCAAAAUCAAAGGGUCAAGCUCUUGCUGAUGAAUAUGGAAUCAAGUUCUUCGAAACAAGUGCCAAAACGAAUCUGAAUGUGGAAGAAGUUUUCUUCUCCAUAGCAAAGGACAUAAAGCAGAGACUCGCUGAUACCGAUUCUAGAGCAGAGCCUGCGACGAUCAAGAUCAGCCAAACAGACCAGGCGGCUGGAGCCGGACAGGCCACACAGAAGUCUGCAUGCUGUGGAAGUUAAUCAGUCCCAAAAGGCUCUAAAGUUGAAGUGAAGUGAAAAACAGAUUUAUCUUGGGGUGCUAUUGUAUUUUUUUCUCUUUUGAUUAUUUGUUCUUAUUUGACUUCUUCUAGUUUGUUCAUGAGGGUAAUAGAAUCUUUAAGAAAUUGUUCGUUCUCAG